ACAGACCAAGAGAGAGACUAGUUUCUGCGCGGUCAUGGUCUCCUUCUUCGUUCUCUUUUUUUUCUUCGUCGUCUUCGUCGUCGACUUCUUCUUCCCUCCCUCCACCCUGACUUUAAUUUGCCGCCAUCGCUGCUGCUGCCCUCUCGCGUGGGGUGGGAGAGGGGCAUUCUUCUUGCUCGGGUUGAGCCUCGCCAUGCGCUCCGUCCAACCUCGUCGAACGUACAAGCUGGAGUCGGCGUGGGAUCGGGACUGACUCAUUUCUAUGGAUUUUCGGAGCUCCAAGCGGACUAGAAGCAGUAGUAGGAGGACUGUUAAUGAUUGUAGUCCCAAGGUCUCAGAACAUCAUCCCAAAGGAGAUGCCGACUUGAAGACCGAAAACACACAGAAGAAGACUGGGAAACGAAAAGUAGUCAGGCGUCUGAGGUCUGUGCAGCUAGCUAAUUUAGUGGAUGACCCCAAGAAACCUCGAACCCCGUGUACAACCAUUGGAAGAAAACGAGUAGUUGGAGAUACCACUGUCAGCAGGCGGCCUCUUUUUGCAGAUGUAGAGAGUGGAAAUAAUGUAAACUUUUCUACUCCUCCAGCAAGGUCCCCUAUUCCAACCAUGCAAAGGUUUGGCCCUUCGUGCCCUUUAAGGAAGAAGCUCCUCGCUUCAAGAACUCCUCUAACGCCUGCUGCUCAUCUUACGGUUCUGCAGAGUCCGAUGCGUGAGUCGGAGAUUCAAUUAUCUGCUGAAUCUCCCUUGGAAAGACUACCUGUUGAGCUUCUGGUAUACAUUGUGUGUAGACUUCGCCAUGAUCAGCUGAAACCCGUGUUUCAUGUUUGUCGACGGCUUCAGCAGGCAGUUAAAAUUGCUAGGCAGUGGUAUUUUAACUACAAUACUCCAGAUCAUGACAGGCAGAAGACCGUUGGUUUAUGUACUCCAAGACGUCACCAAGAUCUUUACUUGAAUGUAAGUGAAGCACCAGGAGGUGGACUGAAUGUACAUCCUCUCACACCUCAGGCUCCAAGACACGCUCCAAAGCCUUUACAUUCUCGUAUUCCUUUAGCUGAUCUGAACCAGCUUGUGGCUCCUCUUUUUCAAGAGCCUAGCGACACACCUCACAAGCCUCAGGAACUGUCCCGUCCAGCGUACAGAGGAGUUGCAUCUCACCGAGUACUCUUCAAUGAAGAAGAGCUAUGUGAAGCUAUAGCCCAACAGACGCUCAAGACCUAGGGGCAGCUCAAUUUCAAGCUUCUGAAGCCGAUGGUAUGCAAACAAGUCCAAGUUGGAGCAUCUUAGAAAUCUUCAGGUCACUAGUCAGUGACCUAUGAUGUAUGUAAUGGUCCACUAUAUUCCUUACUAUCGACUAGUAUAAUUAGAUCAGACAAUGAUUCUCAAUCAUAGGUGGACAUAGAGGUCAUCUGUAGAUAUUUCAAUGACGGUCAUUUGUACAUAAUCGGAAGAUACAGGCGGAUUUAGGUAUCUCGGAGAUUUUCAAAUCCUUUCCAUGCAAUGGGUAUGAAUCCGUAUGCAUGACUCCAUUUUUAAAGCCAUAAUUCUCAGAGGCGUUUGAAAUCCUUGAAAGAAGUGGACAAUACUUCUGGUUAUCUCCCAAACUAUUUUUGCCCCUCUUUUUUUAGGAUACUCCGAGGUCGUUUGUCUUUGAAUUUUUUUUCGAAACUCUUGAAUGGCAGAGGAAUGAGUGGAUCAUGAAACACUUCAUUUGAA